AUGCUGGGAGGAGGAACCUUGGUGAGACAGGCGGGCCUGUUUGGCUUCGGCUACAAUCGUACCAACUACAAGUUCGACCAGGGUCAGCGAUGGGGUCGCUUCACCGCGGGACGGGCCAACGAGAUCAAGCGAUUCGGGCUGUUCCGAGAGGAUGUUGCCGACUUGGCGUCCGUGUCCGUGAGUAAGCUCAAAGUUUAUGUGCCGGUCCUGACCAUGAGUCUGGGAUACGUGCUCACCGUUUUGGUGGAAGCACGCUCAGGAUUGAAAUUCCCGGGCCCUCCGACAUUUGCCUCGGGUUUGUACUUGAAUUGCCUCGGCGUCUCCUUCGCCUUCAUGACGCUCUCGAUUUGGCUGUGCUGGCAUGCAGCCAUGCGGGCACAGAUUGCCAUGGUGCAGCUGCGAACGCGGAAAGUCCGUCUUCCUGUUCCUUCUCAAAGACAGCUGGACAGCGCAAGGAAGAUCCUCUCUACUUACGAAGAGCAGAAUGUCUACGAUAUGUUCCGGCUGCCCUUCUUGAUGCCGAACACGGGGGGCGAGCCUAUUCCCGAGGAGGAAGAGAAGGAUGAUGACAAGAAGGGAGGAUCCUCCAAGACGGGCUAUUCGAAGGCCGGCCUGCCAGGCAUGGCUGCCAAAGUGAAGGGAAAGGUCAAGGAGUUCGCUGAAGAGACAGGUGGCUCGACCAAGGAGGCUGCCUAUGCUGCGAAGAUGCCGGGACUGACGAGCGGCGCACCCUCCUGGAUGGACAAGGAGCUUGAGGCGCGUGAUGCGCUACCCAAGGCCUCCCCCAGUGGCUUUGGCAUGGAGGGCCCUUCCGAGCCUUACGAGCACUUCGAACUGAUCCGCCAAGCUCAGAAGGACUACUGGUGUGCUGAGGCUUAUGCCCGCGUGACCUUCUUGAUUGGUAAGAUCCACCUGAUCCAGUCCUUCGCAUACUGGCUCGUGCUGCACAAUGUUUCCGAGCUUGGACUCAUUUGGGGUGCGGUCGUUUGCGGCUCAUCGCUGACUGCCGGUAUUUGGAUCAUGUUCCGCAUGGACGUUCUCCCUUCGCAUGGCGGCUGCUUCCCCAUCGAGAUGGGUGGUCCCUUUGUCGAAGCUGUAUCCAUCGCUUUGGCCUACACGCACCAUCCCACCGACGCUAUCAUCGACAUUUCGCGCGCUGUGGCGAUCCUCGUGUACCUCAUGCAGAUCGCCUUCACCAUUCGCCUCUAUGUGGUCUCGCAGCCGGCUAACAGCGCGGCCGGAGCUACCCACACUGCUCGUGAGGCCGGUGAGCGCCUCUUCAACCAGUCUGCCUCCUGCGAAAGUCCGGCCUGGCUUCCUGCGGCCUUCCAGCACGUCUCCUACCUCGUUGCACCGCCAAAGACAAAGGCCCAGCUGGAGCAGGAGCAGCGCGAUCGAGAUCAGCAUGCCAUCCAGGAGGAUCCCAUGGUGAACGUGGACAUGACGCCCUGGUACUAUGUCCGCGUCCUUCUCUUUGUGACCGUCGUGAGCUGGUCUGUUCUGCUGACGGGCCGCAUCGUUGAGUGCAUCAUGAGCGAGCGUAUGCUGGUCACCAACCCGGGUGCACCUCCUUGGAGUCGUAUUGGCCAGUGGUACGGAUGGGAAUCCGGCCCGAUUACCUCCAAGCACUACGCGCACGUCACGCCCAUGCGCGGCCACUUCGCGUGGCAGAAGGGCUGGGGACCGCAGGGGCAGCAAGAGCUGUGGGCAAGCGAUAUGUUCGGAUUCCACCCUGAGGCCGACAUGCACUGGGCAGAGGACGAAGGCCCGGCUCCCUUGGUGGGAGCAGCCGGCCAUGGAGAGAAUACUUGGUAUGAAGGUGUUAUCAAGUACGGUCGUGUGUACAGCGGUGGACACGACUGGUUGGACAGCGGCGGCCAUCGUCGACUGCGUGCCAUCGUUCCAGGCUCGAGCUAA